AUGGCAACCACACCAGUUCGUCAAAAUAUUUCCAUCUCAGGGAUAAAGUCUCCACGAACGCCUACUUCUGGUGCUACGGUUGCGUCUUCUCGAGUUGAAGAUAUUAUUUACAGCUGUAUUGAACUACAUCGCAAGUGGAAAAAUGCAGUUGAGAAAGGGACUCAGCUUUGUAACGCAAUCGCAAACUCUAAAUUUAGCAAUCUCCACUCUGAAGGGAAAGUUCCUUACCCGGAAAACGUGAUACUUUAUUGUAAAAACAUGCGCAUUUUGAUCACCGUCUUUGAAGACGCCUUGUUGAAUGCCGAAACAUGCCUUACACGUAUUAAAUCAUUAGAAUCAUCUUUCGAAGCGAGUGCAGUGAUUGGACAAACAUGGAAUUUUCAGAAAAUCGUUAGCGUUUUAGAGACGAUUGUCGCCUCUUAUAAAAUUGAAUGUUACACCAGAAAUCACAUAUCCGAGAAUAUCGGCCACACUAUGUCAACCGAACAAUUAAAGCUAUACGUACGAGGCUGGAAUAAUAUGAUGGACAUGGAACGCGAUCGAGAAUUACAAAUUCAAAUGAUGAUGUAUGAGUUUCGGUUUUCAGGGUAAAAAAGAACCCCUCCGUUGCUACAUUCUCAGUAACAGAACUACUGCAAAAGCGCCUUGUACGUAGAUCAUCUGUGUGCGCUGCUACGAAUAUUCGGUUUCUAUGCGAAAGUUGUUCAUACUCAUACUCGAUGCUCAUACACUGUUCAACAGUGUUUGGUUUAUUUUCAUGCUUCGGGAUUCAUUGUUUUUUUUUCCAUUAUGCUGAAGAACUUAUUGUACGUGCACAUUCGCUGCAUGUGACAUUCCACUUAUAUUAAAUCUUUUAUACACGAUUGUUUCGCAGUGCGAUGCAGUGUCACAUGCAAGUGACGUAAGUUUUUGUAGUCUUGGACACCCGAUAUAUCGGCUAUAUGGCAUCAUUAAUACUGUACAGCCAAGGACGAUUGUGUAUCUUUCUUAUGUAAUAUCUCAUGACUGCGAUACACACCAAUCUUGCGCUCCCUCCACAUUGCACGAAGGCUUCUACAAUAGUUUACAAUUUAAGUAAUAAGAACACAGCCUAACUACUACUUGAAGGUCAGGAGAGGACGCGUUUUACGGUGCAGUAUCGUACUGCAAGCAUCAUUUAAAAUCAGUGAAAGUACUUCGCUGUAAAAUUGUCGUGAUACCCGGGAAACCGAAUACGGCACAGCAUUAUUCAUCGUAAGGAGGGGGUUUUACGGGACAUGAUUUUUCGUCCAAGACGCACACUGAACAUUGUGCCAUUGGGUAGACCAAAGUCGUAUCAUGAUUAUUUUCGGAGUUUGGAGUGCAAAAAGAACUCCUUUGCAUAUGUGAAGAACUAGGAUAAGAGAUCGUUCUGUUGGUAGUAUUCAUUGCGACACUUAGAGUAGUUGAUGCGAUGGAAGAACGCAGAAGCGAGGCAGGAUCAAGUUUGAUUGCAUCAUCAUAUGUUGGGGGUGCUAUAGCAACGGUAUCGUAGUCAGGUGGUUUUUCUCGCCGUUGUUCGUCGUUAACAUUUAUAACGUGUACUGGAUCGUCACUCUUUAAAGUGCAUAGAACAUAAACAAACAAUGU